AUGUUCGUCAACCGUAAGUCGGACUUGGAGUACUUGAGGCUCGCAAAUCCCGUCACUGAGCUGUCCUCUCCAAACAACCCGAACAAUACUCAGCAAUCACACACUUACAGACAACACCUUUGCCAUCUGGAAAUGGCGCACGAACAGACUGCUAUCGUUGCCAGCGAUGCUCGCGCAGUGAGCAAGUUGUACGCCCAAAUUCGGUCCAACCAGCGCGCCAUGCGGUUUCAGGCCCCUCUUCCCAACAUGCCGACCCAGUUUCGAACUAUUCAUCCCCGCGAUGUGACCAAAGCACACCCGAUGCAGCGCAUCUUACCGUCAUUUCUCGAGGGAAACAGUCCUUCCAUUGCCGAUGCGAUCUGGUUGUACUUUCGCUUUGUCUCAUACGCUUUACCGAUCUUUCACACCCUUAUGCACCGCGAGCCUGAACUCACGCCACGAGAUGAUGCCUCGAAGCCUUCCAUCUGGCUAUAUCCGGAGCCGCUUCUCGAUCUCAGUAAAGAGCAAGAGGAUUGCACGUGGACGUUCCUAGGCCGAAUGGGAUCUCAGGUCACAUGGGUUGUGGAUAAAGACGCCACGGACAAAACCUUGGGAUGGACCCUGAAGCAGUGCAAUCGCCCGCUACUCGAUGCGGGAUUGCUGGGGUACGGGUCCAUCAUCACAACCACGCCGGGCAUGAUACAGAUGGUCGAGGAUGCUUUUCAAUCCGACAGGAUCGAGGAUCAUAAGAGGCAUUCGUUCAAUCUGGCAUUCCUUUGGCUGCAUGAAUUGUCGCAUGCGAUUCGCAACGCCGUGGUGCCCUGGCUAAAGGGAUCAAAAGACGACGCAAUGUUCCUCGGACCAGACGCUAGCACGAGCGAAGACGGGUUUGAAGUCCAGAGCCGAGUAUUCGGUGGACGGCUGUUCGGGUCUUAUGAGCGGAAGUUGAAUGCCGAGAUGGUAUUGCAGGAAUGGCCGGACGUUGGGACCAUAAGACAAUACAGGGAUCUCGGCUACAUGCUUUUGACGCGAGGCUCAGCAGAGAGCUUGACGAGGGAAUGGACUAUUCGCUGGAAGGUGGAGCCCAGUUACUGGGAGCGUAUGUUCGAGGACAGCUUCUGGACAAAGACCUUGGUGGUAGGACGCUCCGAUGCGUUGUGGCCAGACAAGAGUAUUGGGGUUUUGUGCAAGUUCGUGAGUAGAGCGCUAACGAAGGAAGAGGAGGAGAAACUAGAGAGAAAGAUGGAGCUCGAGGGCUACGAGAGAAGGCGCAACGAUUUGCUCGUACGGAAGGGGUUGGAGCUUGAGCUGGAAGCGAUGUACGAGUCGGAUAGUGAUGGAACGGCCGAGACGGACAGUGAUGGGAUGGGAGAUGUCGAAAUGGGUGAUCUCGGAGAUGUCAGAACGGGUGAGUCAGAAGAUGCUGAGAUGACUGAUGCGGAGUAG